AUGUCGAGAAGCACGGAUGAACCAAACUAUAAUAUAUUCCGAGACAUAGUGUCUGAAUUCAUAAUCGCCCAGUUUACGAUGCGACAAGUUAAGAAGAAGGCGACGAAGCGCGCCUCAAGAAAGAGCAAUGGAUCUGUGUCUAUCGAGGCACCAAGAGAAGAUAAAUCUACGGAGGAUGUUGGAGGCCCGGAAGGGCUAACGGAAUUUAUUGAUGUAAGGACGCAACCACUCCGAAAAGCGAGGCAGUACAUCGCCACAGAGAUAUUCCAGUCACUCCCAAGUGCGCUCCGAUCCAUCUCAUACGCAACCUAUCGAGACUCCGAUGCGGUUCAAGAAACGUAUCCUUCCUCGCCUCCUCUUCCCUUCCCCACGAUCGAUGCUCUCAAAUCAUGCAUCCCGCCAGAUGUAGCAGAGACCUUAUCUCUCUACGUCUCCGUAACAUCGGAGCUGGGUGAUGUAACAGUCCCCAUCGUGCACGACAUGAUACCAAACUAUAUCUCGCAAGCCACCUCCGCUCCACCUUCUCAUAACACCGCUCCUCCUCCUCCUAGGUCGCCAUGCGAGAUCUGCGAGCGCACACAGCUCCCUCUAACCUACCACCACCUAAUCCCGCGAGGUGCGCACGCGAAAGUCGUAAAGUGCGGCUAGCAUCGAGAAGAGGAGCUGAAUACCGUGGCGUGGCUCUGCAGAGCGUGUCAUAGUUUCGUCCAUCGGAUUGCGUCGAACGAGGAGCUGGCGAAGGACUGGUAUAGCGUGGGGUUGCUGCAUCAGCGGGAAGAUGUCCAGAGAUGGGCAGCGUGGAUAGGGACUGUUAGGUGGAAGAAGCGUUAGGGGACUCUCGACGCCUUCUUCACAAAUUCAGCCAGCAAGUCUGGCGCACUAAUAGGACGCAUUAGUUAGCAUAAAGGAUGCGUGUAGGACACAUACUCCUCAAAG